AUGUCUGAACAGAACCAGGAUCAGUCGCAGAACUCGCAACAGAACCAUUAUAACCAAUACUACCAAAACAUGGGCCAACAAUCUGGAUACCAAGCUCAGAACAACGACUAUUCGCAAUACUACCAGAACUAUGAUCCAAACGCUCAAUCGUACCAGGGUUACAACCAGGGUUAUAAUCAGGGAUACAACCAGGGAUACAGCAACCAAGGCUACCAGGGAUACAACCAGGGCUACAACCAGGGCUACCAGAAUUACAACAACAACCAGGGCGGUCGUGGUGGUUUCAAGAACAAUCGUGGUGGCUACAAGAAUUUCAACAACAGCUCCCAGGGCUUCAAUACCCAAGCCCAGUCCUUUCAGGCUUAUGACCAGCAAGCGGGUUCGCAGGGCAUGACUUUGCAGGAUUUCCAAAACAAGCAGACCUCAGGAACUGAUACAUCGGCACCGGCUGCAGCUCCAGCCCCAAAACCCAAAAAGACUCUGAAAUUGGCGUCUGGAUCGGGCAUCAAGCUAGUAGGUGCCACCAAAAAACCAGAGGUGUUGAAAAAAGAGGAACCUACCAAAGAAACAGAGUCUAAGGAUGAAACCAGACCCGAAGAAACCAAAACGGACGCAAACAAGCAAAACGACGAUAAGCCAGCUCAGGAAUCGCUGCCUAAAAUCGACAAACUGAAGAUUAGCGACGAAAAGCCUGCAAAGAAGGCAGCCGCCGAGUCUUCUUCUGUCGCCGCUGCAGCUGCCAACUCCGCCGAAGCUCUCAUCAAAGAACAAGAAGACGAAGUGGACGAGGAAAUCGUAAACGACAUGUUUGGGGGCAAAGAUCAUAUGUCCAUCAUUUUCAUGGGCCACGUCGACGCCGGAAAGUCUACCAUGGGUGGUAACCUGCUGUACUUAACCGGCUCCGUAGACAAGAGAACGGUCGAAAAAUACGAAAGAGAAGCCAAAGAUGCCGGUAGACAAGGUUGGUACCUGUCUUGGGUCAUGGACACCAACAAGGAAGAAAGAAGUGACGGUAAAACCAUCGAGGUUGGAAGAGCCUAUUUCGAGACCGAGAAAAGACGUUACACAAUUCUGGAUGCACCUGGUCACAAAAUGUACGUUUCUGAAAUGAUUGGUGGUGCUUCUCAAGCAGACGUCGGUAUUCUUGUCAUUUCCGCCAGAAAGGGUGAAUACGAAACAGGUUUUGAAAAGGGUGGUCAAACAAGAGAACACGCUUUGUUAGCCAAGACUCAAGGUGUCAACAAGAUGAUUGUUGUUGUAAAUAAGAUGGACGACCCUACCGUUGGAUGGGAAAAAGAACGGUACGAUCUUUGUGUCAAGAACAUUUCUGUCUUCUUGAAAGCUAUUGGCUAUAAUAUUAAGCAAGAGGUUAUCUUCAUGCCAGUUUCUGGUUACACUGGUGCGGGUUUGAAAGAGCAUGUGGAUCCAAAGGAUUGCCCAUGGUACACUGGUCCCUCCCUAUUAGAAUACUUGGAUGGCAUGUCUCAUGUAGACCGCCGCAUAAAUUCUCCAUUCAUGUUGCCUAUCGCAUCUAAGAUGAGAGAUCUUGGUACCAUUGUCGAAGGUAAGAUUGAAUCCGGUCACAUUAAGAAGAACGGUAGCACUUUACUGAUGCCCAACAGAACUCCUGUUGAAAUCGUUAAUAUCUACAACGAGACCGAAGCCGAAGUCGAUAUGGCCAUCUGCGGUGAACAGGUAAGACUCAAGCUGAAGGGUGUUGAAGAAGAAGACAUCUCUCCAGGUUUUGUUCUAACAUCUCCAAAGAACCCUGUAAAGAACGUCACCAGAUUUGUUGCCCAGAUCGCUAUUGUUGAGCUUAAAUCUAUUAUUUCUGCCGGCUUCUCAUGUGUCAUGCAUGUCCACACUGCCAUAGAAGAAGUCACUAUCACGAAACUACUACACAAACUCGAAAAGGGUUCCAAUCGUAAGUCCAAGAAGCCACCUGCGUUUGCCAAGAAAGGUAUGAAGAUCAUUGCGAUUUUGGAGACUGAAGAGCCGGUGUGCGUGGAAACCUACCAGGAUUACCCACAAUUGGGUCGGUUCACGCUAAGAGAUCAAGGUACCACUAUCGCAAUUGGUAAAAUUGUAAAAUUAGCGGAGUAA